AUGGUUAAAACUUUUAUGUGGCAAGCCUGCAAUAAUAUUCUGCCCACAAAGGAGUUGCUGUACAAGAGAAAAAUUGUUCAAGAUCCUUUAUGUCUGAUUUGUGGAUUGACCACUGAAAUAGUAGGCCAUAUCCUUUGGAGUUGUCCCUCUGCCAGAGAUACGUGGACUGAAAGCUCUCCCCAACUCAGCAAGUGUACAAGUAGUGAAGUUGAUUUCCUUGAUAUAAUGGCACAAUUGAUGGAGAGACUGGAUGCGGAACAGUUGCAGCUCAUGGCGGUUAUUGCAAGGCAGAUUUGGUUAAGAAGGAAUUCGGUUGUGUUUGGGGGGGAUUUGACUCAUCCGAGAAUUUUGAUACACUGGGCCAAGGAUCAAGUAGACAAUUGGUGCAAGUUCAAUAACCGAAGACCCAAAAGAGAAGUAAGUCAAGCACAAGUUUCUCCAGUUGUAUGGACCAAACCACCAUUGGGCUAUGUGAAAGUUAAUUGGGAUGCUUCGAUCGACAAGAGGCAGAACAAGAUGGGUGUUGGUGUACUGGUGCGUGACCACGAAGGGAAAGCCAUAGCAAUGUUUUGCAGCAGCAAGGAGUAUGUGCAGGACCCAUCCAUGGCCGAAGCCAUAGCUGUCUAG